UUCUGAAUAAAGAUAGAUACUACUACUAAAUACUAGAUAGCAUAACAUAUCCAUUAAUUCUGCACUUGAUCUUCCAUGUUUACUGUGACAAGAUCAACAACAAGUAGAAACUAGAGUAACAAUUCUCCAUCAAUCAUUCAGAAUCAGUAUGAAUCCAACUUGGAGUGUAUCCAUUUCAGCAAUCUCUCAUGCUUUCAAACAUGUUCUACUCCAAAACUGGAUAUUAUGGUCAGAAACAAACAACAACUCACCUUGUUUGUUCAAUGCUGUGAUUAUUUGUCUCCAAGUGUUGUUCAUCAUCAGCAUUUCAAUUCAGUUUCUCCAUAAAAAGUUUUUCCAUAAAUUCAAGACUUCAGAAGAAGAAAGAAGCCAAGAAUUCAAUCAUGAUGAUGAUGAUGAUGAUGUGAGUAGGAAACAGGCAAAUUGCAUGAAGUUGGGUUUCUCAUAUCAUGCAAGCAGAGUUUGUUGCUCACUGUUAGCAUCAAUCCAGUUAUUGAGACUCCUACUUUUUCUGCUGAAAGGAUACAACAUCUUUGGUCAUUGCAAAUCCAUGCUCUCAUUUCUGACAGAGAUCACACAGUUGAUUUCAUGGACAGUAACUCUUGUUGCUGUUUUUCAGUUUCAGAAAACAAAAUCAGUGAGGCUUCCUUGGCUUAUUAGACUCUGGUGGGUGUGUAGCUUCAUCCAGUCAGGAGUAUCCAUAGCUUUUGACAUUCAUUCUCUUCUAUUUAACGAUGGAGUGAUAGGAAUCAAAGAGUAUACUGAUUUAUCAAGUCUCACUGCAUGCACAUAUCUGAUGUUUGUUUCACUCAGAGGAACCACAGGGAUCAUCAGGUUAUCUUCAAGCGGCAUCAGAGAACCAUUACUGCAGAAAUCAACAGAAAAACAUUCAGAGAUAAGCAAGAGAAACUCUCCUUAUGGGAGAGCAAGCAUCAUACAGCUUGUUACUUUCUCUUGGAUGAACCCACUCUUCUCCAUUGGAGUCAAGAAACCAUUGGAACAAGAUGAUGCACCUGAUGUUGAUUUUAAAGACUCUGCUGAACCACUCUCUUAUUCGUUCGGUGAAUGCGUGAACGCUGCAAGAGAACGGCAUGGUUCGACGAGUUUAUCUAUCUACCGAGCAAUGGUUAUGCAUAUCUGGAAGAAAGCAGCAAUCAAUGCAGGUUUUGCAGUUGUUGCUGCAUGUUGUUCUUAUGUAGGACCUUCACUGAUUGAUGAUUUUGUGAAGUUCUUGGGUGCAAAAGAAGAACAUGGGGUGAGGCAAGGGUACUACCUUGCACUGGCAUUCCUUAGUGCCAAAGUUGUUGAAACAGUGUGCCAGAGGCAGUGGAUUUUCGGUGCUCGGCAGCUUGGUCUUCGCCUCCGGGCAGCUCUCAUAUCACACAUUUACAAGAAAGGCCUCCGGCUAUCGAGCCAAUCACGGCAGAAUCAUACCAGUGGAGAAAUCAUCAACUACAUGAGUGUUGAUAUUCAAAGAAUCACUGAUCUCAUCUGGUAUUCAAACGUAGUCUGGAUGCUGCCCAUUCAGAUAUCUUUAGCAAUCAUUGUUCUUCACAAGAACUUGGGCAUGGGUGCAUUUGCUGGUUUAGCAAUCACAUUCUUGAUCAUGACUCUGAACAUCCCCCUCACAAGGUUACAGAAGAGGUACCAAGCUAAGAUCAUGGAAGCCAAAGAUGAAAGAAUGAAAGCAACAUCUGAGGUUCUGAGGAACAUGAAGAUACUGAAACUUCAAGCUUGGGAUACUCAGUACCUUCAUAAACUGGAAGAUUUAAGGAAAACAGAGUAUGGGUGGUUAUGGAGCUCACUCAGGUUGCAAGCCAUCACAUCUUUCAUCUUCUGGGGAGCACCUGCAUUCAUAUCAGUGGUGACAUUUGGAGUGUGCAUUCUGCUAGGAAUUCCUCUCACUGCUGGGAGAGUUUUGGCAGCAUUGGCUACAUUCAGAAUGCUGCAAGAUCCAAUCUUUUCCCUUCCAGACUUGCUUUCAGCUCUGGCACAGGGUAAAGUCUCAGCUGACAGGAUUGCUUCUUAUUUCCAAGAAGAUGAGAUGAAGCUUGAUGCUGUUCAAGUUUUUCCCAAGACUGAAACAGAGUUUGCAGUUGAGAUUGAUCAUGGGAAAUUCAGCUGGGAUCCUGAAUCCAGACAUCCAACACUUGAUGGAAUUCAGCUGAGUGUGAGAAGAGGAAUGAAGGUGGCCAUUUGUGGGACUGUUGGUUCAGGGAAGUCUAGCCUACUUUCAAGCAUACUCGGGGAGCUUGCGAAACUCAAUGGAACAGUGAAGAUCAGUGGCAGUAAGGCUUAUGUUCCACAAUCACCCUGGAUACUCACAGGCAAUGUAAGAGACAACAUUCUCUUCGGAAAUCCUUAUGAGUUCGAUAAGUAUGAGCAAACAAUCCAUGCAUGUGCAUUGACUAAAGAUUUGGAGCUUUUCGCGAGCGGUGACCUGACGGAGAUUGGAGAAAGAGGGAUCAAUAUGAGCGGAGGCCAGAAGCAACGGAUUCAGAUAGCAAGAGCAGUGUAUCAAGAUGCCGAUAUUUAUCUUCUUGAUGAUCCUUUCAGUGCUGUGGAUGCUCACACUGGCACUCAGUUAUUUAAGGAUUGCCUGAUGGGGCUUCUCAAGGAUAAAACCAUACUUUAUGUGACACACCAAGUUGAGUUCCUCCCUGCAGCAGACCUGAUUCUGGUGAUGCAGAAUGGAAGAAUAGCACAGGCUGGAAAGUUUGAUGAGCUUCUGCAGCAAAAUAUAGGAUUUGAGGUGCUGGUUGGAGCUCAUAACCAAGCACUUGAAUCAAUUCUCAGUGCUGAAAACUCAAGCAGAGUCAUUCAAGAAGAUGAAAAAAAUAUUGAUGAGUUUGAAGGAGAUGACUCAACAGCAACUCAGGUUCAAAGAGUUGAGAAGCAGGAAUCUGAACAGAACCUUUGUGAAGACGCUCCUGAUAGAGGAAGGCUAACUCAAGAUGAAGAAAGAGAGAAGGGAAGCAUCGGCAAAGCCGUUUACUGGACAUAUUUAAAGGCGGUAUACGGUGGUGCUCUCGUACCUGUAAUAGUCUUAGCACAAUGCUUCUUCCAAAUUUUACAGGUAGCAAGUAACUACUGGAUGGCCUGGGCUUCUCCAGCAGAAGCAACAACAGAGCAAACCAUAGGAAUUGGAUUUGUUUUCAUGGUCUACAUACUCCUUUCAAUAGGAAGUGCACUGGGUGUACUGGUUCGUGCAAUGCUAGUGACAAUUGCCGGGCUUCUAACAUCACAAAAACUCUUCACAGACAUGCUUCAUUGUAUUCUUCGUGCUCCAAUGUCUUUCUUCGAUUCAACACCAACAGGAAGAAUUUUAAACAGGGUAUCUACUGAUCAAAGUGUUGUUGACUUGGAAAUUGCACUAAAAUUAGGAUGGUGUGCUUUUUCUGUGAUACAAAUUCUCGGCACUAUAACUGUUAUGUCUCAAGUUGCAUGGCCAGUUUUCUUAAUUUUCAUCCCUGUGACAGCAGUCUGCUUUUGGUGCCAGCAAUAUUAUAUACCUACAGCAAGAGAAUUAGCUCGAUUAUCGGGAAUUCAGAGAGCUCCAAUCCUUCAUCAUUUUGCGGAAUCACUUCUUGGAGCAGCAACAAUAAGAGCAUUUGGACAGGAAGAGCGUUUCAUCCACACGAACCUCGGUUUCAUUGACAGGCACUCAAGGCCAUGGUUCCACAAUAUUUCUGCAAUGGAAUGGCUUUCCUUCAGACUGAACUUGUUAUCAAAUUUUGUCUUCGCAUUCUCAUUGAUUUUGCUUGUUAGUCUCCCUGAAGGAUUUAUAAAUCCAAGCCUUGCAGGGUUGGCUGUGACUUAUGGAUUGAAUCUCAAUUCACAACUUGCUACUAUAAUCUGGAAUAUAUGCAAUGCUGAAAAUAAAAUGAUUUCAGUGGAAAGAAUACUGCAAUACUCUCGAAUCAAAAGCGAAGCUCCUUUGGUGAUCGACAGCUGCCGACCACCAGCUAACUGGCCAAACACAGGAACAAUUUGCUUUACAAACUUGAAAGUUAGAUAUGCGGAACAUCUGCCGUCAGUUUUGAGAAACAUUACAUGUACAAUUCCUGGAAGGAAGAAGGUUGGUGUCGUCGGGCGAACUGGCAGUGGUAAAUCAACUUUGAUACAGGCUCUUUUCCGCAUAGUCGAACCACGAGAAGGAAGCAUUGUAAUUGAUAAUGUGGAUAUCUGCAAGAUUGGUCUGCAUGACCUGAGAGCCAGGCUCAGUAUCAUCCCACAAGACCCAACUAUGUUUGAAGGAACAGCCAGAGGGAAUCUUGAUCCACUGAAUGAAUACCCUGAUCAAAGAAUAUGGGAGGUAUUAAACAAGUGUCAACUUGGCGAAUUGGUUCGACAAGAUGAAAAGAAACUGGAACUGAAAAUUGUAGAAAAUGGUGAUAACUUGAGUGUGGGUCAGAGACAGCUAUUUUGUCUGGGAAGAGCACUGCUAAAAAGAAGUGCUGUUCUUGUUCUUGAUGAAGCAACAGCCUCUGUUGAUUCUGCUACUGAUGGUAUAAUACAAGAGACCAUCCGGGAGGAAUUCGAAGGUUGUACAGUGGUUACCAUUGCUCACAGAAUUCAUACUGUUAUAGACAGUGAUCUAAUUCUGGUUCUAAGUGAAGGGAAAGUUCUUGAGUAUGAUUCACCAGCCAAAUUACUGGAAAGGGAAGACUCAGCAUUCUCAAAGCUUAUAAAGGAGUACUCUUUAAGAUCACAGAGCUUUAGCUGCCUCACAAAUGGAGUCUGAUGUCAAAUACUGAAACAAUUGGUUUCAGAAACAAAGCCAAAAAUUUUAGCUUUAAAAAGCUUUUGCAGAUAUAUCAGAAGAAAUCACCCAUUUGCCUCAAAUUACUGCUGCUGCUGCUUCUUCUUCUACUUCUUCUCCUGCCUGUGUAUGUGACUCUAAUUCAUGUACCAAGGACAAAUUAUGGAAGCUAAUAAAAAUUUGGUAUUUGACUUAA